AUGACAGACUUCAAUAUAUAUCUAUAUAAAUUUGCAAAGAUGAUGCAACAAAGUAAUAGUUCAUCACAAUUACAAUUACAACAUGCAAAUCAUCAAUUUGUACCCAAUCCAGUAUUGAGCGAGCCUACAGAAUGUAAAUUCUGUCAAUCUGGUGGGCCUGUUCUAUCAUUACCAAAUCAAAUAGCAAUGUGUUCAAAAUGUCAGAUUGUUGUUCAUAAUAAAUGUAUACAAUUAAAGGAGUAUAGUAAUCAUCAUUGUGGUGGUACCGUUUCAAAACACCAAAAGAAAUCAUCUGGAUUGUCAAAUAAAUUUAAAAAGAUGUUUUCAAAGUCUUCAAAACAGGCAUUGCAAUCAAAAUAUCUUAUUGGCAAUUAUAUUGGUAUCAAAAACAAUUUAGAUCUAUUUGUAAAAUAUGGUGAGACAAUGGUACAGUCUGGACAGCUUCUAAAAGAUAACUUAAAAACAUGGAUAAAGAUGAUCACCGCUGAAGAUACAAUCAAGAAAAUUUAUAAUAAGAAAUACUAUGAUAUAUUCAAUAAGGUGAGAGUAGAUGAUACAACAUUCAGAUAUAUAUUAUCGUUGCAAUAUGAAUCAUUUGGAUCAGCGGAUAGUGUAGUCGGAGGUGGUAGUGGUAGUACACUUGGUGGUAGUGGAACAACUAUUAAUUCAUGUCAAAUAGGUACUACUACAGAGAUACAUAGUAAGUCAAUGACAAAAGAAACACAUACUAAAUCAUCAAAGAUACUCGGUGAAAUGAAGGUCAGUGCUGAUCUUCACUACAGUAUAACAUCGAGGAAUGACAUUGGACAGUUCAUAAUGCUAUCGAUUCUCUAUCGUCUGAUGUUCACAUCAGAGAAUAUCAUUCAUUUUGCCGAUCAAGAAACACUUAAUACACUAUCCACACUGUACAUUUUCUAUUUAAAAACUAUAAAAUCAACACCAUUAUCACCUAUACUAAGUAGUAGUCAAAAUAAUAACAACAACAACAACAAUAAUAAUAAUAAUAAUAAUAAUAACAGUCAUCAAAGUAUAAAUCAACAAACAAUAGCAAUAUUAAAUACAUUAUCACUUAAAUUAUUUGCAAUACUAUUAAAAUUAUUUGAAAAUGGUAUUUCAAGAAUUAUUGAAGCAUUGGCGACAUUAUGUGUAGAGAAGGAUAAUCUAUCUGAAAAGUUACAGGUCGAUGAAAUUAGUAGUAGUGAUGGUAUUGUUACUCUUCUUGGCACAUAUUUUAAAAAAGAACCAUGUAGAAGUAUUAUUGAAAAACAUCCAGAUUGGUUAGAGUUAAUAUUGAAAGCGUCCACAAGGAAUUGUAAUGUUCAUCGUGAGUUGGAUCCUCAACAGGUUAUUUUCGGUGAAAUGUUGUAUGAAUCACCGUUGUGUACAGUCUAUCAAGGUCGUUUCGAAGGUAAUGAUGUUGCUAUCAAACAGCUAUCGAUCGAGGGUCUUGGCUUUGAGUGGCCAUUGUUUUUCAAGGAGGUAACCAUUGCUUGUGUAUCUCAGCAUCCACGUGUUGUCAAAUGCUUGGGUGCUCAUACACAAAACACAGGGACGCCAUUCAUUGUCACAGAAUAUUGCAGUCGUGGUAAUCUGAUGCAAGCACUGGAGUCCUAUGUUAGGGAGAACAACAGUCCACCACCACUCUAUCUUAUUCAUAAUAUGGCAGUGGAGGCAGCACAAUCACUCGAUUUCCUCCAUUCGAAAUCUCUUAUUCAUCGUGACGUGAAAUCAGCCAACUUCUUGGUGAAAGAAGACUAUAGCGUCAAGUUGAUUGAUUUCGGUACCUCCAAGAUAUUCCAGAAUCAAUUGAAUAUGACUGUCAUAGGUACACCAGUCUAUAUGGCAGAGGAAGUUAUCAAAGGUGAAAAGUAUACUCAAUCUGCCGACGUAUAUUCAUUUGGUAUAGUUUUAUGGGAGUUGUUUACAAGACAAACACCAUUUGCAGAUAUGCACGAAUUUGCAAGAGUAAAUUUCGUAUUACAGGGAGGUAGACCUAAAAUACCAGAUUCAGUCCCAAAUAUCAUUUCCGAUCUCAUACAAAAGUGUUGGAAUGCCAAUCCGUUGGUUAGACCAAAUUUCAAAAAAAUUUUACAAACACUUUAUGUUUUAUCACAUCCUGCACCUCUUGAAUCUUGUCUAACGGUAAUCCCUAUGGUGGACAUCCACCUACGUACAGAUAAUGCAACUCUAGAAAAAAUCUUUAAACUUUUAGAUUUCCGAUCACUAAUGAUAUGUACACGAGUCAGCAGAUCUUGGAGAAGAGCGGUAUUUAUUGGUAUAUCAAACCCACAGACUUCACAAUCCUACGAUAAUAUUUAUUGGAAACCAAUGAUCGAUAAAUCAAUUACCGAUCUUUCUGAUCACAUAGCACAUGAAGAGUCACGUAUCUUUUCUUCAGUUAAAUAA